AUGACCGCCUCGAAGGAAGACGUGGCCAGGGUAGCCGCAGCUCUCGGCUAUGCCGUGGCCGAGGGCGAAGUGGACGACUAUGUCAUUCUGCUGGGCAAGGCCAAAGCUGCCCUUGAGGCAGUUGACAAAAUGGAUGAUUACCAGCCUGAGCCGCACUACGACCUCAGCCCACGCCAGAACGUCCAUCUCCCAGAGAGGCAGGACAAUCCGCAUGGAGCAUGGGCGUACAGGUGUGACUGUGUCCAUGCCAAGCCAUCAUCGGACCUCCUGAGUGGCAAAACUGUAUGUCUCAAGGACAAUAUUGCCAUGGCAGGCGUGCCAUGUCUCCUCGGCACAGAUACCUUCACGGGCUGGACCCCGACGACGGACGCAACAGUCGUCACGCGGAUUCUAGCUCAUGGCGGGACAAUUUCUGGCAAAGCCGUCUGUGAGAACCUGUCUCGCGGAGCCGUCAGCUGCACCGCCGCCUCUGGUCCCGUGGACAACCCGUAUGCAAAAGGCUACUCCGCUGGUGGGAGUAGUUCCGGGACCGCCGCGCUUGUCGCAAGCGGAGCAGCGGACAUUGGGAUCGGUUGUGACCAGGGAGGUAGCAUACGCAUCCCGGCGGCUCUGUGUGGGCUGUACGGUUUCAAAGCGACGACGGGCCUAGUACCGUAUACUGGCAUCGCCAGCAACGAUGCGAGCGUCGAUUAUGUCGGACCAGUCACCAAGACCGCUCUUGACUGCGCAAGGCUGCUACAGGCUAUCGCCGGCGUGGAUGGCCUGGACGAUAGACAGAUUGCCGGUGUGCCUUUUCUACAUGAGGUGCCAAAGUAUGGCGACUUGGUGGCGUCGAUGGAUCUGAGUCAGGGGUUGAAAGGUGUCACCAUGGGCAUCCUGAAGGAGGGGUUGGAGUCGCCUUUCAUGGAUGCUGGGGUCAAAGAGAAGUUCUACGCGGCCGUCGAGGUCUUCCAGAAGCUCGGCGUGGUGGUCAAGGAAGUUAGCGUCCCCAUACACGCGCAGGGUAGAACGGUGUACACAGUCAUGAGCAAGAUGAGCAACCACAUGGGCAUGCUGGGACGGUCAACAGGCCGCAGGCAAGUCAUGCUGACAGACUUGUUCGAGCGCAAAAACCUGCCUUAUACGCAGGAAGUGUUGCACAAGAUGAACAUGACGAGCAAAGAGGGACUAUUUGCUGGCGAGCUGGGGUGGUCAGACUACCCCCUGGCGUAUCCCAAAUCUGUCAAUAUCAUGCGCAAGAUCAGGGACCUGUACGACGAGACACUGAAGGAGGUCGACUUCUUGAUCAUGCCAACCACCGUCACGCCGAGCAACCCGUAUCCAAAGCCUGAUGCCACGCCGUUGCAACAGGCUGACGCUUCGCUUGGAAAGCUCGAGAACACGUGCUCGUUCAACGGCUCUGGCCACCCAGCAUUGGCAAUGCCCAUUGGUCUUGUGCCGAGCAAGGAAGAUCCAGAUCUCAUGCUCCCUGCCAGCUUGCAGAUUGUGGGGAAGUUCUGGGAUGAACUAAACAUGCUCAAGGCCGCAUAUGCGUGGGAGCAGGCGCAGGACUAG